UGCGCCUUUUCAAUUUCUCUCUUGUGUGACCCUUCUUCUUCUUGUGGCCGUAUAUAAUAAUAAAUAGAUACUUGAGCUGAUAUAAAGAUUUUGUCCAGAGAUGUCUUACGUGCCACCACAUAAACGACAUGAAAAUAUCGCACUGAGAGCAUCCUCUGUUCCACCUCUUUCAAAACUCAAUAAAAAGCCUGGUAAAGAUGACAAAACGAUCAUCUACGCCUACGAUUACAUUUCGAGAUUGUUUCUUGUUGGUGUACAUGACGACGACGAAGACUACUUCCAUCUUCAACUUGUGCCCGUUUCUUCAGAAUGGAAGAGAGACACAGAGGAAAAGUCGUUGGGAAUCUUAGUGAAGAGUGAUUUCGUGAAACCUGAAAACCCAUGGCUAUGGGUUUCAGAGAAGGUGGAGGAUGUUCUUAUUCUGGGGUUUGGUAGGGCUAAGAAGAUGCUGCUAAGUUAUAGAUCCGAGCAGGUCAAACUCAGAUUGAUCUUUCGAUUUGGGAAAAUUUUGUUUCACAGUGAGCCUGGCACGCCACCUUCCACAAACAAUUUGCUAUAUGGUUCGUCAGAAACUGUAAGAGAUGGUCUCUUGACUAAAGUGAGUGCACUGAAGAAAUUGAAGAAAUCUUUUCAAACAAAUGUUCCAAAGUCUUAUGUUGAAAACAUUGGGUAUAAAGCUGUACCCGAUAUGGGAUUUUCUAUUGAAGAGACCAAGGAGUUGUAUUUGGUGAAGGUAUCAGACAACACUCGUCCUGAGGUAGCCAUCUUUUGUAAAUGUCAGACUGAUCUUAAUGUUUUGAGGCACCUGGUUCUUGACAUCUCAUGCCUUGAUCAAGAUCUUGACAUGAGGCUGAUGGUUGACUCAAAAAGGACAUUAACCAAUCUCUCAGAGAAUGAGAUUAAAAGCCUUAAAGAGCUGACAGAUUCAGCGGUGAUAGAUCCAAAUGUGAAAGGUGGGUUAAAGUGGCCUCUUGGGAAAUCUUCUUGUGCUGACCGAUACAAUGUUUGUGGCGUUUGGCAUACCGUAACUACUACAUACAGAAACCAGACUCUCAAGCUUCAGAUCACAGAUGCUGACAGAUAUGAUUUCAGAACUGGAGUUGGAGGAACCACAAGGGAAGUGGAUCUCAAACUAAAAGCCUUGAGCGCUAUACUACUAAAGGAGGAAAAUGUGGAGAGGAAGUGUGUUUCAGACAUGCUGAACGAUUGUCUGAAAGCAGUUUGGGAUUACUUUUUGAAACUAGUGUAGUGUAGCGUUGUCACUUUUGUUUUUGGUGUGUUUCCAGUUUGUGCUACUUUUCUCCAAACUUUGCUGCUUUUUUCAUAUUUUGGUUCAUUUUAAUUUGCUGCAAUCUCCACAUAUCUUUUGGAUUGG